AUGGACAACUCAACUCCACCAUUUGACAACUGUGUCUCGUCUGCUGCGAGCCGAUACCUUUUCCUGUCCUGGUUCAUAAUAUACCUCCUCAUGCUGCCUCUUUUCCUCUUCGUCCUCUACAUCGGCUUCAACAAAUGGAAGAAGCCCCAGUCCUCUGCCUCGGGAGGCCUCAAUCACUCUGACGUCUUCACCCUCAACAUGGUUACCAUGGAGAUAAUCAGUGUAGUCGGGACGUGUGUUGCCUGCUAUGGUUUUAUGAAGUUAAACUCAGAAAUCACAUCUUUUGGGGGAGACACAGUGAUCACCACCAUGACUGGACAGACACUAUUCCACAGUUUGACCUGUGUGGAGCGUUACCUGGCUGUGGUCCAUCCUGUCGUCUACCUGCGGCUGAAGAGAGGGGGCGGAGUCAUCAUCAAGAACAUCAGCAUCAUAUUUGUCUGGUGUUGUUUUCUCGUUUGUACCGUUGCCUUUGGUCGCCUAUCGCAGCGUCUAUGUCCUCUGCGUUCUGACCCGCCCAAAGCCUGGAGAGCGGGGCGGGCCUAA